AUGUCGACGCUGGAGGAUCUCGAUGACAUUGAGCGCUCCGCCAAGGACGACAGGAAGGACGACGGCCAGGAUGGCAAGAAGCCCAAUCAGCCCGGCGACUCCGAGAUGAAGGACGCCGACGACAAGGACGACGACGUGCUGGACGCCGACAUCCUCAACUCGAGCACCCGCGACAUCGUCGCCCGCCGCCGCCUGCUGGAGAACGACAUGCGCAUCAUGAAGAGCGAGUUCCAGCGGUUAACACACGAGAAGGCCACCAUGCACGAGAAGAUCAAGGACAACAUGGACAAGAUCGAGAACAACAGACAAUUACCCUACCUCGUCGGCAACGUCGUCGAAAUCCUCGAUCUCGACGUGACGGCCGAGGCCGCCGAAGAGGGCGCCAACAUCGAUCUCGACGCCACCCGCGUCGGCAAGUCCGCCGUCAUCAAGACCUCGACACGCCAGACCAUCUUCCUGCCGCUCAUCGGCCUUGUCGACCACGAGAAGCUGAAGCCCGGCGACCUGAUCGGCGUCAACAAGGACUCCUACCUGGUCUUGGAUACCCUGCCUGCCGAGUACGACAGCAGAGUGAAGGCCAUGGAGGUCGAUGAGAAGCCGACGGAGAAGUACACGGACGUCGGAGGCCUGGACAAGCAGAUCGAGGAGCUGGUCGAGGCCGUCGUUUGGCCCAUGAAGGAGGCUGAGCGCUUCAAGAAGAUUGGCAUCAAGGCACCCAAGGGUGCGCUGAUGUACGGUCCCCCCGGUACGGGCAAGACGCUGCUUGCCCGUGCGUGUGCCGCGCAAACCGAUGCGACCUUCCUCAAACUCGCCGGCCCACAACUCGUGCAGAUGUUCAUCGGUGACGGUGCGAAGCUGGUGCGCGACUGCUUCGCCCUGGCCAAGGAGAAGGCCCCCUCCAUCAUCUUCAUCGACGAGCUCGACGCCGUCGGCACCAAGCGGUUCGACUCGGAGAAGUCCGGUGACAGGGAGGUGCAGCGGACCAUGCUGGAGCUGCUCAACCAACUCGACGGCUUCGCCUCGGACGACCGCGUCAAGGUCCUCGCCGCCACCAACCGCGUCGACGUGCUCGAUCCCGCCCUGCUGCGUUCCGGCCGUCUGGACCGCAAGAUCGAAUUCCCUCUGCCCAACGAGGAGGCGCGCGCGCAGAUCCUCCGCAUCCACAGCCGGAAGAUGACGGUCGACGACAAGGUCAACUGGCCCGAGCUCGCGCGAAGCACCGACGAGUUCGGCGGCGCCCAGCUCAAGGCCGUCUGCGUCGAGGCGGGCAUGAUUGCGUUGCGCUCGGGCCAGAACAAGAUCAGCCACGAGCACUACGUCGACGCCAUCCUCGAGGUGCAGGCCAAGAAGAAGGAGACGAUCAACAUGUUCGCCUAG